CCCUAUUCAAGGGCAGCUGAUAACACGUCUGCACAUCCAGGAGCCUCUCAAAUUGCCGAUCCAAAGUUCAGUUUGGCCGCCAACGUGCUCUGCUGCGCUUUGAUCGUCUUCUAUGAGGACGAGCCUGUGGCCAAUGCAGAUGAGCCUUGUUCUCCUACUAGCGUGAAUCCUGGUAGUUCUCCAACUAGCACGACCUCUUGCAGACGUUCUAUGAUGCUUCGAUCCUCAAUGUUCGAAUCGGCCAGAUCCACUCUGGACCAGUCAAGUAUAGAGGAAAACGAAACUACCGAUGAUACAAUCGUACCGGAUGCGGACGACAAAGUCUCCAAUGAACCAAAACCUUAUUCACCUGCUGCGGCUUCUGGUAUGACAUCUGCUUCAUGCGCGCUUGCCGCGCUGCCGGGGCCCUUCGAAUUUUUCGCGCGUUUUCACGGUCUCCGACCAUGGCGUCAACCUCAGCCAAAAGAAAUUCCAACUCCUCCGGGACUGUUUAAACGGACUCGGUCGUCAGCUAAUUUGCCUAGAGCAGCCAGCUUCGUCCAACUCACCAAUCCGAUGCGUAUUGAUCGGACAGAAGUGGAUACAGGCCAAAUGACCCCAUCCUUAUGGGUCGCUCAUCUACGUCGUCAGUUCGCUGAAUUAGCUUCACCGCGUGAUCAUCUCUGUUAUUCAGAAAAUCAGACAUUCCGCGGUCUCAAUUUUGAUCCGGGUACUCGCACUUCUCCGGGACCAAUGUUCUCCUCAUCCACUGAAGAACUUUGA